AUGUCUUCGGAUAAGCCCAAUCGCCUCCUCCAACAGGUCCCUUUAAUCGUAUCCCCGUUCUACCACCCGCCGCAGCCGCUAAAGCUCAACUUUGACGUUAAUUCAAUCCCAACCAGCCUCGAAUUUCCACUCCUGACGGGAACCGGUGCUCCCACCGUAGAAGAAGAGCUAGAACGAUGGUGCGAGGAAAUCAACAGGCGUAAACACAAAAUAGCUGCGUUGAAUGAACUAGAGCGGAGCGAAUUUUUGCUGUGGAAAGACGCAAAGAUGAAACGCUUUGCUCCGGGAUACCUCGACAACGUUCUUAUCCCCUCAGCAAAAGCUCAGUCAAAGGUGGAGGAGCCGGGAAAAGUGCUUGGAUCACUGUCGUCCGAGCCAGAAGUCUUUAACGAACUCGACCGGGUGUUUGGAAAUGUCAAGAUUGCAGAGUAA